AUGAAGAUUAAAGCGCUCACUCGUCCUUCAGUCUCCCAGCAAGCUUCAAGCAGUGUUUCUCGUCAGCCUCGAAAUCUUGAUCCUGCUCUUCAUCCGUUCGAACGUGCAAGAGAAUACACAAGGGCACUUAAUGCCACUAAGCUAGAGCGUGUGUUUGCUGCGCCCUUCGUGGGCCAGCUGGGAAGAGGUCACGUCGAUGGAGUCUACUCUAUGGCAAAAGACCCAGAGUCGCUGGAAAGAUUUGCCAGCGGAAGCGGAGAUGGAAUCGUAAAAGUAUGGGACUUGACGAGUCGAAAUGAGAUAUGGAACAUGCAGGCACAUGAAGGCAUCGUUAAGGGAUUGAGCUGGACGAAGAACCGCAAACUCAUCACAUGUGCGAGCGACAAAAGCAUAAAGGUGUUUGAUCCAUAUAAUGCUCCCGCGAACCAAUCUCCCUCGGCGACAUAUCUAGGCUCAACACCUUUUACUGGCGUGUCACGUCAUCGAUCACAGCCAAGCUUCGCUGCAUCUUCCAGUACUAUCUCCAUCUACGAUCUUUCCCGCCCAUCAGGAGCCCCCACACAGAGUCUGCAUUGGCCUACCAGCACCGAUACAAUCAAUACUCUGUCAUUCAAUCCAGUUGAGACCUCUAUUCUUGCUUCGUGUGCAACAGAUCGCUCCAUUGUUCUUUACGACCUUCGAACAUCUUCCCCACUCUCGAAAGCCAUACUUAGCCUUGCUUCGAAUGCCAUAUCUUGGAAUCCGAUGGAGGCGUUCAAUUUUGCUGUAGCAAAUGAAGAUCAUAAUAUAUACAUAUUCGAUAUGCGAAAAAUGGACAGGGCGCUCAACGUCUUGCGGGAUCACGUGUCAGCAGUGAUGGAUGUUGAAUUCAGCCCAACAGGCGAAGAACUCGUGUCGGCCAGUUACGAUCGCACAAUUCGCCUGUGGAGUCGGUCCAGUGGUCAUUCACGAGACAUAUAUCAUACUAAACGUAUGCAACGCUGCUUCUCGGCGAAAUGGACAGCGGAUGCUCGUUGGUUACUCAGUGGUUCUGACGAUGGAAACGUCCGAAUCUGGCGAGCGAAUGCUUCGUCUCGAGAGGGCAUCAAGAAUGCACGCCAAAGACAGAAACUAGAAUAUGAUGAAGCUUUGAAAAAGCGAUAUAGUCACAUGCCAGAACUGAGAAGGAUCAGCCGACACAGACAUGUGCCAAAAAGUGUGAAAAAGGCUGACGAGAUAAAAGCUGAAGAGCUGGCCGCCAUCAAGAGGAGAAGGGAAAAUGAAAGAAAGCAUAGCAAGAAGGGCAGCAUACCAAGAAAGAGUGAAAGGGAGAAGAUGAUCUUGCAGAAUGAGCAAUGA